AUGAAUUCAAAAUAUCUUGCUGUUUUAUUGAUGCUCUUUGGUUUAUUAUUCACAUUGACACAAUGUGAACGAUUAACAUUAAAUGAUCGGCAUACUGAUGACAGCGAUAGUGCUGAAGGUGGUGAUGAUAGUUCUGACGAUGUGGAUGAUGCUUUACGUGAAGAAAAACGAGCUAUUCAGGAUUUUCUUCAAAAUGAAGAUGAUGCUAGCCAAUUUCUUGAUCAAUCUCGUCGAUUGUUCAGUGAUCAAAAAAGUCACAUGAAAGAAGCCAAGAAAAAAUAUGAAGAAAAAUGUGAACGUCUCCUUCAUCCACGUUAUUGUCCUGAUCUUGCAACAUGGCCUGCAUGGAAUCAAGCAUGGAAUGCAGCAACUGGAAAAAAAUAG